AUGAAGAACACAAACUUUGUUUGCCUUGCGCUUCCCGCUCUGUCGAUGGGCCACUAUCUGUUCCCUCAGCUCAUGCUUAACGGAAAAGAGAUCAGUAACAGGGAUUUCGUUCGUCAGCAUGACAAUGGAUUCCAGCCUUCGUGGGACGACGGCAAGUUCCUGCAGAGCAACGACAUUCGCUGCAACAAAGGCUCCGAAAACUACGCCAAGAGCACCAAGGCAGCCAACGUCAUAGCCGGUCAGGACAUUGUUGGCUUCACUACCAAUAUCCAUCAGAAGCUUCAGCACCCAGGACCCCUUACGAUCCACAUGUCUAAGGCUCCGGGUGACGUCAGCGACUAUGACGGUUCUGGUGAUUGGUUUAAGGUGUACCAGCUCGGCUACAAGGAUGGCUGGGAUGGCACCGAUAAGGGCUGGAACUCAUUUGGCAAAAACAAGUUCACGUUCGAGCUUCCCGCCGAAAUUACUCAGGGCCAGUACCUGAUGCGUAUUGAGCACAUUGCCACCCACCCUCCUAACAAGGCCAAACAGUUCUUUUUGCAGUGCGCCCACCUCAACGUUACGAGUGACUACACCGGGCCUGCUCCGGACUCGGUUAUGAAGCUUCCUGGUGGUUACACCAUGGACAGCCCGUGGAUCCAGUAUGACAGCUGGAAAAAGCCUGCUAUUACUUCGGUGACGAUGCCGGGACCUGAGAAGAUGUGGCCCAAUGAAAAUAACUUCAACAAGAUGCUGGACGACGGUAUCAUCAAUUGA